AUAAUUAAUAUACCUACCUAUAAUAAUACACCAAAAUAACAUCGUAAAUACGGUAGAUUUGUUUUAGGGAGGUCAUUUCAUAACGUAGGCGUGCAUAAUUACAGUGGACGCGUGUCUACAAACCUACCCUUGGUAGUUACCACCUCUAGGUGGUUAACUUUUAGAUACCCGGGAACUAAUCAUCACAUCAAUGAGAUAUGAACAAUGUUUUCAACAUUUAAUCAUUGUGUACCAUUCAGUCCAUCCGAGAGAAAAUAUCAUUUGUAAAGUUUGGUAACAUAAGGAUUUAAUAUUGACUUUAGUAAGGGAAAACCUAUAAUAUAAUGCAAUUGAAAUGAAAAAAUCAGUAUUGUCUGAUGACAGAAAGGUCUAUGAAUUGCAAAUCAGGAUCCAAAUUAGGCAGUUGUAUGGAACAAACUUCUUUACCUUGAACAUAAAUCAAGUCAUAACUGUAUAUGCUGUUCCAAUUAGCCAUUACGAUAUCCUAAAUCAGAGACGAGAUGUACCAUUUCUAUCAUCCCUUAACGCAAUAAUAUCACUUCCAAACAGCGUUCUAAAUUUAUAUCAUGACGUAAUAGAUACAGCGAACUGCAGUUGCGAAAAUAACAAUGAAAAUGAAAAUAUCAGUCCAAGAGUCAGACCAAAUAGAACCGGAUCCUCUAUAUCUACAGAACAACAACUGUCAUUAAAUACUUCACCUGCACAUAUAAUGGUACGCAGCUCUCAUCUUAUGACAGAAAUUUCGGUCUUGGAUUAUCAGUCAAGCAACAGUGACUUAACAAUUAAUGGAAGACGAAAUCGAGAUAAUAGUGUUGACAUACACGCGGGAAAUACUUCUUUAGAAAAUUCCGUUCAUGCGAAUAUUGAACAAAGGGAGGAACUUAAUCAUCUUUCAUCGCAUAGACACAUUGAUUCAAACGUAUUAGCUCCAAAGGAAUUGUCAAUUUUGGAAAAUUUAACCCCGCUGGAUUCAAGUGAAAUUCAGGGACAACAACCUCCCGCAAAAGAAUCAAAGUCAAAACACAGAACUAAUAGUAGUAAUUUAUGUAUAGGAAAUAAAAACAUGAGUAAAACUAACAGGUCAAACCGAGAACAAUUUCAUGUUUUGGAUUUUUCACGGCGGAAACAUUCGAAUCGAAGUACAAUUAGCAAUGUUGAUGCUUUGGACUGUAGAUCACAAUCAUCAAACCAACAAAAAAUACCACCACAUGAAGCACAACCAGACGUUGGCAUUAGCCAAGUCGGCACUAACACAACUAUGAAUGAACAACGAAAUGACUUCCCUACAGCAGCUUCUGAACUUCUUGCACUUGGAUACAAUAGAAAUCAAAUCGACAGAGCUUUAGAAAAGUUUAACCAAACUAGAGGUCAUAAUAACCCAACAUUAGAAGAGCUUAGAUACAUUGUUGUUGUAGAAAACAGUGAAACUGAUGACGAAUCGAAAUGAUUAUAUUAUAUUUGUAUGAAGAUUGCAGAUUUUCUCUUUUAAAUGCUAUCAAAAUUGACAGACACUUUGAAUAAAUACUUUACGUUAGUAUUCGGGAAAUGAUAUGCUUAAGUCCGAAGGUUACUCCUGGGGUUCAUUCUGUCGCCUUUUAUUUUAUUUCAUGUACUAUAGUGUGUAGUCCUAAUAAUUAGCAAAUAAGCUUUCCAUACCAUGAUUUUCAUGAACAUUAUUUUGACAAAUAUUGUAAAGUAAUAGUAUAAAGUUCGAUAUUGCAUGUGGUUUGGAUAUCCUGUGGUGUUUGUCGUUGAUGGAAUAUUUUGUUAUUGUCCUGAGUUUUGUGUAUUGUGUCGACUAUUAUAUUAUUUAUUUGUGCGUGCUUGUUAUGAAUGUUCUUGUGUGUGUUUUUGUUGUAUUCUAUCACAUAGUGUUUGAGCGAUAUUUGUUAACAUUGUCAUAUAGCAGGAUGAUUGACAAACCAUUAAACCAGUUCAAGCCGUUUUUGGCACAACCUUUUCGAAUUUUGGGUUCUCAAUGCUUUGCAACUUUGUAUUUGUUUGGCUUUAUAAUUGUUUUGAUCUGAGAGUCACUGAUGGAUUUAAUAUGUAGACGAAACGCAUGUCUGGCAUAUUAAAUUAUAAUUCUGGUACCUUUGAUAACUAUCUCCCAUAAUUUAUUUAUUAAAAUGUCUUGUACAAUAGUUCACGGAUUUGGCUUUACUUUUUGGACCUUUUGGAUUAUAGCUCCUCAUCUUUUAUAUAAGCUUUGGAUUUCAAAUAUUUUGGCCAGGAGCAUCACUGAAGAGACAUGUAUUGUCGAAAUGCGCAUCUGGUGCAAGAAAAUUGGUACCGUUAAUUUAAUUACAGGUACCAGGAUUAUAAUAUGAUACACCAGAUGCGCGUUUCGACUGCAUAAGAGUCAUUGGUUUAGCUUAGAUAAAAAAAAAGUAAGGAAGCCUAACAAGUGUAAAGUUGAAGAGCAUUGAAGAUCCAAAUCAAAAAGGUUUUGUCAAAUAAAGCGAAGGUUAUCUUUGUCAAAUCGAAAUCCUUGGUAUUUCGAAAUAUUGAUACUUUUGCAAACGGUUAUUUAUAAUAAAACAAAUAACCAUAUAA